GGGGCGGAAACGAUGCUAAAAACAUUAGCGACUCUCGGGUUUUUUUUGCGAGUGUUUUGACACGAGUUUGUAGAAAACACGGAAUAAAAUCGGACUUUUGUCCCUUCAGACACCGCGCGUGAAUAAAAUAAACCAUUUCCACGUGUUAAUUACGGAGUGUUCAGGUGGUUGGUUAGCUAACAAGCUAGCUAGCUGUUGGGAUCUCCAAGUGCAGGUCAUCCAAAAUGGAUGACAGUAAGCAGAUGGUUGGUGGAAAGGUGAAGAAACCAGGAAAACGUGGCCGAAAACCGGCAAAGAUCGACCUGAAGGCGAAACUGGAACGCAGCAGGCAGAGUGCGCGAGAAUGUCGAGCCAGGAAGAAGCUGCGCUACCAGUACCUGGAGGAGCUGGUGUCCAGCAAAGAGAGAGCCAUCUGUGCCCUGAGAGAAGAACUAGAGAUGUACAAGCAGUGGUGCAUUGCCAUGGACCAGGGAAAAAUCCCAUCGGAAAUCAAAGCUCUCUUAACAGGAGAUGAUCAGAAAGGCUCACAAAGCAACAGUGCCACCAAAACACCCAAAAAUGGCAAAUACAACUCAUCAGGCAUCAGCCAGAGCAAAUCGACUUAGGUUCAGGUUCCUUUUAAAGACAGUCCAGCUCGCUCCAGGCGCCAAGGGGGUUGAUGAUGAAUAGAGCUACGUAAACUGGUAUAUAUGAAGGACCAGUGCAGCAGUCAUGCACAGUACAUACAGGGGUUUUGUUUGUGGUUUUUGUUCUCUUUUUUUGGAGGAAACGGCGUCAGGAACACUAAAUCUGUUCAAGUCCACAGUACUGUCUUUGUAACGAUCAUCAUUUUGGCAACGUUUGCGUUUAAUCCCCUUUCAGAUUUAGACCGAAGUGAAAGGCGAUUGUGAGGCAAGUGUCAAAUCGUUGCAAGUUUCAGAAAGUCAGAAAACAAAUUGUGCAAGAUGGUACAAAUAUCAACCGUCAAAGGACAAACGAGACACAUGCACACACUGGGCGUGGCCAGAAUGAUUACGCUCUAAGCACUUUAAAGAAUUAUGAAGAUUUGCAUCGCACUGGGUUCAAGCUCUCGUUUCUUUGUUGAAUUUGUGAAGCAGAGAUACAGAGUGAAACGUUAUUUCGUAUGUAUUUAUUUCUUAUUUCUGAAAUGUAAUGCACUUUCUUUUUUGUCUCUCCACAACCAUAAGUGUGGAUUCUGCUUUUUUUAGUCACUGUAUAACCCUUUUGCGAUCUGAUCUGUCUGUUUCUGAAAUGAUGCUCUCUUCUACAUCAUGUUAACACACACUCUCUCUCACAUCAAUAUUAUUGUAUUUGUAACAUUUCAGAAUCAGUUCUCAUUAGGAUGUUAAGGAAUCAUGUUCAGUUUCUUAAUUUUGCUAUUUAACUUGUUGAUUUAAUCAAACUUAUUUAACAGUUAUUCCACAAAAUCGAGUCGUACAUGAGCCGAUAGCUAUAAGCCGUGUACGACGAGAUUGAGUGAGUGGAAUAACGGUUUUAUUCUCUCCACAUUCACUGGAUUCUGAGAAACAGAGCAUUUUUAUUCUUUGCAAAUUCGAUAAAUGAAAACUUGCAUAAAACGUCUGACAAAAUCAUAUCCGCUUAGAAUGUCAACAAACCGGCGAAAUGACAGGAGCAAUUUGUGAAAAAAAAAAUGCUAUAAUUCUUGAAAAAUUAAAAAGGAAAAAUAAAGUCCUUACCAUCAAAUGCUUUUAUUCCAUAUUUUGCUUUUUCUUUUUUUGUAUUUUUUGGGGUUUUGUUUCGAGUAGUUUUUAUUUUGUCCUCGGUUAGUUCAGCAACACGCUGCCAUUUUGUUUUUCUUUACUCACGGUAUACGAGCUGAUAGCCUAGUAGUAGAGUAGCCAAUCAGAGCAUGUAGCCAAUCAAUAAGUUCUUACCAUCAAAUGCUUUUCUUCUGUAUUUUGUUGCUUUUUUUUGGGGGGGGGGGGGGGGGG